UGCGGCGGUUGGUAUCGCGCAGGCCGAGCUGUGUCGCGCGCGGCGGCGAUUGUGCGUGGAUCGCGGACUGCAGACAGCGGCGCCGGCGGCUCUCCUGCUCUAAACCUCUCCUGUUCACCCCCUUCUCCCUCCCCCCCUCUCCUUUACCCCUUGCCCUUCCCUCCCUUUUACCUCUCCUUAAGCCUCCCUUGAUUCCACCGUCCUCUCUCACCCCCCUCUCCCCAUUCCCGAAGGGAAGCGGACUAUUGUUCCUAUCGAUCUACUGAUUUAUCUCCUUUUCCUCCAUCAAUCGGGGAGGACGCUGGUUCCUCUAUUUGCCCCCAACCUUCUUUGUCUGGGUCCGCCGUCCCUGUUGUUGGCACUGAUCUGCCCCAUCCUGGACUCCCGGAACUGGUUUAGUUGAUUCUCAAUACUGCCAGAAAUUGACCAUUUCCUCGAUAACCUUAAGCAGGUGCAUCACGUGUUUACACCUUUCCCAAGAAAUCCCGAAAUUGUAAUACUGCCAUCACAAUGGAGCCAAAGGUCAACGAGGGCGGUCUGAAUGUUACUCUUACCAUCCGACUGCUCAUGCAUGGAAAGGAAGUUGGAAGCAUCAUUGGAAAGAAAGGUGAGACUGUGAAAAAGAUGCGUGAAGAGAGUGGUGCACGCAUUAACAUUUCUGAAGGAAAUUGUCCUGAGAGAAUUGUAACUAUCACAGGCCCAACUGAUGCAAUAUUCAAGGCAUUUGCAAUGAUUGCCUUUAAAUUUGAGGAGGACAUUGAUAAUUCAAUGACCAACAGUACAGCCACCAGUAAACCACCCGUGACCUUGCGGCUCGUUGUACCAGCCAGCCAGUGUGGAUCUCUGAUUGGAAAAGGAGGCUCCAAAAUCAAAGAAAUUCGUGAGUCGACAGGGGCUCAAGUCCAAGUGGCAGGGGAUAUGCUGCCUAAUUCCACUGAGCGAGCUGUUACAAUCUCCGGGAUGCCUGAUGCAAUCAUCCAAUGUGUGAAGCAAAUAUGUGUGGUGAUGCUGGAGGUAGAGUAUAAGUCCCCACCGAAAGGUGCCACCAUUCCCUACCGCCCAAAGCCCGCCUCUGCCCCCGUCAUUUUUGCAGGUGGCCAGGUAAGAGCAGAUCCCCUCUCGGCCUCCGCAGCCAACCUCAGCCUCUUACUGCAGCACCAGCCACUGCCUGCCUAUACAAUUCAGGGACAGUAUGCCAUUCCACACCCAGAUGAUGCUUGCCUCUUGUCGGCUGACUAUAAAUCGGCGUUGGCAUCAACAUUGUGGAGAGGUCCGCAGCUUGCUCACCCAUCCUCCCAGCUGAAGGAAUCUGCAUGGAGACCAGAGUCCUUGAGAGAAAAAAUGGAAUUAAAAAACUGUAAUGAAGAUUCAGGAAGCUGGGGUAUGGAUGCCAAUUCCCCAGCCAGUACUCAUGAACUCGCCAUUCCCAAUGAUCUGAUAGGGUGUAUAAUCGGCAGACAAGGCAGCAAAAUCAAUGAGAUCAGACAGAUGUCUGGGGCGCAGAUUAAAAUAGCUAAUGCAGCGGAAGGCUCAACGGAACGUCAGAUAACAAUUACCGGAUCCCCUGCCAACAUAAGCCUUGCACAGUACCUCAUUAAUGCAAGGUUAACAUCUGAAGUUUCCGGAAUGGGCCCUCUUUAAUUGUUUACGCAGCUCCCUCUGCUAACCAUGUCAUGUUGCCCACCUGCGAAAACCACAAGCAACCUGCUUCCACUCUGUUUGUAAAAUUUGUAUAUUACAGUUCUGCCUCAUAGAAAUAGUUAGAACGUUAAAUUUUAAGGAAUUAUUCUGGAGUUCUUUUCCAAAUUAAGUCCUCCUAACUAAACUCAACUUCCCCAUUGCUUCAUGUUUUAACGUAUGUUUUUUGUUUCAACAUUAACUUAAAUUAACAAUUGCUUGCAAAAAUGUAUUUGCAGACUCUUCUGUAUACCUUUUAGUUCAGUAAUUACUGGUAACGAUUGCAACCUUUUUAUAACAAAAAACGUGAUGUAAUCAAAUUAUUUAAUUCUAUCUGGAGGUAAUAAAGGAAGGUACAUGACUAGAUAUGUGAUGAAAUUCAAA